AGUGUUACCUUUGACGGCCGAACGUGUGGUUGCUUGAUGUCAGUGACGUCGGCGUCGGCGCUCGCACUACACGUCUAUGAUGUUUCGUUAAAUACAAAAUCGUACUCGUGAGUGAGCGAUAAUAAUAAAUUUAUUAUCAAAUGCUGGAACACAGUGACAGGUGCACAAAUUGUACAUGGGAUUGGACACUUAUGAACUGUGCUAAGUGACAAUUUGAAUUUUAGAUCAUAAAGUGCAGUGGCCCACCAAAAAAGGAUUGCCUAGUGAUAAUUUGGAUUUUGAACAAUAUUUUUGGAUUGCAUUAUUUCAAUGUGUCUGUUUGAAGAGGUGGAACAAGUGAUAUAAAAGUGAAUUUUUAAGACAAACCAUUUUAGGGGGUGCAUUUGAAUCGACAGGACGGCUAACUCUGCUAAUACGGCUGGGUACGCGGGGCACAAUAUUACAUACGCGGGAGCACAGGCUCCCGAUACUGGCAAGCACAACCCUCUGCAAGGGACCAUUGGAUACAGAGUUAAUCCACAUAGCGGCUAUGGGUGCACGGGCGGUUCGGGCGCGAUGAGCGGCGGGGGCGAGAACGCGCAGUUCGGCGCCACCGCCGCAAUGGUUGCCGCGGCCACCACGGCCGCGAUGCAGGACUCACAGUCCUUCUCGCAGAUGCAAAACAACAUGACUAUGGGAAAUCCCCAGUAUGGCGCGAUGAACGGCUACGGUCAGCAGCGCAGUCAUAACCCUGCCAUGACUGGCAUGGGCAUUGGAGGAAAUGGCGGCAUGAACGGAAUGACUAGCAUGAACCAGAUGGGAAACGCUGCCAUGAACGGCAUGAAUCCCAUGGCACAAAUGGCCAAUAUGGGCAUGCACGCAAAUAUGAUGUCUUCGCAGAUGGGACCCGGACAAAUGGGCAGUUCAGGGAAAAUGGGCCCAGCGUACCAAAGGCGCCACGCACCUUAUCCAUCAGGGACUAUGCUUAUGGGACAACGAAAGCCUCAGUACAUGGGUGGCCAACCGGGAUUUGGGCCUGCGCAAUACCCUACUGGAUAUGGGGGAAGACCUGGAUUUCAAUCACAGUAUCCGCCUCAGCAGCCGUUAGGCCCGACUGGGAACUUUGGAGCAGCUAUGAGAGGAAGUAUGCGGCAAUCGACACCUCCUUAUUCCAACCAAGGGCAGUAUUUCAAUGGUGGCGUGCCUAACCAGUUUCCUCAGCAUCAAGCUGGAAAUACACAAUAUGGAGGGCAAUAUAGCGGGCAGUUUGCGCAAGAAGUUGCUAUGCGAACGAGCAUGACUUACCAACACAGUCCAGUCCCCGGAAACCCAACUCCGCCUUUGACGCCAGCAAGCAGUAUGCCACCUUAUAUCAGCCCUAAUGCUGAUGUAAAACCCCACUUUAAUGAGCUCAAACCACCGAUGGGCAUGCAGAAUGACGAGCUCCGGUUAACAUUCCCUGUAAGAGAUGGUAUUAUUUUACCACCAUUUAGAUUAGAGCAUAAUUUAGCAGUUAGCAAUCAUGUAUUCCAAUUAAAACCGACGGUCCACUCAACUUUAAUUUGGAGAUCGGACCUAGAAUUACAACUUAAAUGCUUCCAUCAUGAGGAUCGGCAAAUGAAUACGAAUUGGCCAGCGAGUGUUCAGGUGUCGGUCAACGCAACACCAUUAGUCAUAGAUAGAGGCGAGAACAAAACGUCACACAAACCAUUGUACCUGAAAGAAGUGUGCCAGCCUGGCAGGAACACGAUACAGAUUACAGUAUCCGCGUGUUGUUGUUCGCAUCUGUUCGUAUUACAAUUAGUCCACCGGCCGAGCGUACGCAGUGUUCUACAAGGGUUGCUUAGGAAGCGACUGCUAACUGCUGACCACUGUAUCGCCAAGAUCAAGAUGAACUUCAACCAAGCUCCAGUUAACAACAACGGUUCUAACACAGGCAAUGACAGGGAUAGCGUAGAGCAAACAGCUCUAAAAGUGUCAUUAAAAUGUCCAAUCACAUUCAAGAAAAUCACAUUACCGGCGCGUGGACAUGAAUGCAAACACAUACAGUGCUUUGAUUUAGAAUCAUAUUUACAACUCAAUUGUGAACGGGGGUCAUGGAGGUGUCCAGUGUGCAAUAAACCAGCUCAAUUAGAAGGCCUAGAAGUAGAUCAGUAUAUGUGGGGUAUCCUCAACACGCUCAACAGUUCUGAUGUUGAUGAGGUUACUAUCGACAGCGGGGCAAAUUGGAAAGCCGCUAAGAAUCCCGCAAACCCAGGAAUUAAGCAAGAAGAUGACAGCAAUGACAACAGUUUAGGGAAGAGGAGCAAAGCGGUCUCUCCUGGGUCAAUGAACAUGCCUACCAUGAACAAUUGGGAUCAGGCGCUGUCGCCUUAUUUGCCUCCAGACAUGAACACAAUUGCGAGCGGUUCUAUGAUCUCUUCUUACAACCAUAGUACACAGAACAGAAACUCAAACGCAAAUAGCCAGAAUUACGACUUUAGCAUGAACAAUGGCCCUGGAAGCAAUGAGUACACUGGCAAUGGACCUCUUACGCAUUUAAAUGACAGCGUCAAUUCCUUAGAUCCACUUAACGCGAUGGAAAAGAGUUUGAAUGAACAGAUGCCGCACACUCCGCACACGCCGCACACGCCGGGCUCCGCGCACACGCCCGGCGGUGGCGGUGCCCACACGCCGGGCUCCAGUCACACGCCGGGCCCGCCUUCCGUUGGACAUCCGCUAAACGAAGUCGACAUACCCGCGGACCUCAACUUUGACCCCGCCGCUGUCAUAGACGGCGAAGGCACCGACAAUCUCAACUUGCUUCCUGAAACUAAUGUGGACCCUAUGGAGCUGCUGUCGUACCUAGACGCACCAGCACUAGGAGAGUUGCUCGCAACACCACCAUCUUCCUCCUCGUCAGCGGGUUCGCAUCCUCCAAGAGCUCCAUCUUCUGACGAUCUACUAGCACUAUUUGAGUGAGCCCUGUCACUCCUCUCAGGAGACCCGAACUGAGCGAACUGAAGACCUUUAGUCAAUAAGGACUUCUCACACUACUACGAAAAGUGGACUUAUCCAUAGAUCUCGUUAAUGGUACUUUUACGUGGAACUCUUAGUUCACUCAACGAGUAUUAUAGGAAGUUACUAACACGACGGAGACGUUACUCUUACGUUAAAGUUCCGAUGUUCGUUGGUUUGUGCACGUAGUGCGGCGGUAAACAUAACUGUUCGAGCUAGUGAAGCCCGAUAUUGUGAUACUAGAUUUUAGUUCCUUCUCCAAUUGUAAGGGCGUUGAACAUUGCAGUCAUAGAAACAGUGUGAAUCUCUGUAACGUUGUUAGGGCCAUGCUAUAAGAUUGGAUACUGCAACGUUGAACGUCGUCACAAACGGGGGCAUCGCUUGUCGUAACAACGGUGCCGGAUUACAUUAAAUAGGUUAUGUAUAGAUAAAGUUUUAAGGCGAGGCGAGCGCCGCGCUGGCCAUACACUGCGGUGUUGUGCAUGUAUAGUUCCUCGCACCGCCGCUACGGUGGCGCCACUCAGCUCCCUAUAUUCUAAACUCUAGCAUAAACAGUAACACAAAUUUACAAUAAAUAUUAAUUCAACUUCUUAUUAAAUUUGAUAAAAUACGUAUAAUCAAUUAGAGUUCUUUUUGUGUCCUUUCUUUGUUAAUAGUCGACCAGGUUGUAAAUAAAGAUUUUUAUUUGUGCUAGUUGUUUGGUAGUGCUAGCGGGCGUGGUCGCGGCAUGUAUAUAUAGAUUAACCAUGACCAUGCUUGCACAGGCAUUAUGAAUCUUAUAGUUCCUAUUUGAUGCGAGCGAACUAUAAUGUUCAAUUGCCGUUCAUUGUAACAUAUUCCUUGACGUUAUCACAUAUUCUGCAUUUUUAAAUAAGUAAGAUAUGAUAAGAUUCGUGAGUAUAGUGCUACUCGCUUAUUGGGUGAUAUAUUCUAAAUGAGUUGUUUCAAAUCAAGAAAUAAACAGUAACAAACUAGUUACGAAAAUAUAUUGUAAAUGUGAGUGCAAAAAUGAACUCUGUUAAAUUAUUUUGCGUUAUGUGAAUCGAAGAAUGAUAGAAAUAUAUUUUAAUUUCUAUAUAAAGAGUAAUGAACUGUAUUAUUUGUAAAUAUGAGUCUAGUUAAGAAUAUUAUAUUACCUAGUUGUAUUUAGGAGAACAUGGCAGAUACUUAUAUGACGGCCAGUUUUAGUGUAGUAUUACUAAAUUAAAAUUCUACACAUGGUUUUACAUGUACAUACAAAUACCAUUAUACAAUAUGCAUGUGUUCGGGCGCGCAAAAGUGACAAUUUCAACAACAUUCUAAAUUCUAUGUAAAUUUGAGAAAAGUACUAAAACUAGCAAAGAAUAUUCUUCAUUGUAUCAGUUUAUAUUUUGUAUGUUUGCACUUAUCUAAAUAGUCAAUUUAUCAUUUUAAUUUACCUGUAGAUGAAUGAAUUUUUGUUACAUGGUGCAUGUCAUAUUUUUUUAACAAUGUUCAUAUUCUGCAUUUAAUUUCCUCCUUUGUUUUAAACAAAUUAAAAUUAAUAUAGAAUACCUACAAUAAUUGUAUAAAAUUUAAGUAUACCCACUCCUUUCUUUCAAAAAAUGUUAACAUGUUAAACUAAAUGUAUAUGGAAAAAACAGUAGCUUUAUUACUAUAACUUGAUACUUUUCCUAAUUUUCAAGUAAUAACAUGUGCCUAUAUUCACAUAUUUAUGAAAUGUCACUUUUUCGUGCCAAAACACAUACAUUGCUCCAUCGUUCACAGAUAAAAAAUAUUGCUUAUCUAGCUCAUCUCAAUUUAUUAAGUGGACCCUAGAAGGUAUUGCAGUAUGACAUGCAUUAUGUAAAUGGUCAUGUUGCAUGACAGACCCAUAAGCUAUGCCAUCAAUCAUUCUAUUAUAUUUCAAGAUAGCCCUUCCUAGACUACAGUGAACAGGUUUCUGCGUUGUUGUUUCCCCAAAAUUUUUUGUGACAAUGUCAAGUGCAGACUUAUUUAUUCUUGUACUUAAUACUUUGCAAAAAACAUAAUUUUGUUUAAAGAAAUAUUUUUCUUGUUUUUGUCCAUGUUUUUUUUUUUGGUACAACAAUUCAGAGAGAGAAUCUUUAUACAUUAAUCUGAAUAAUACAAUCUCCUUUUUGUUUUGAGAAUGUUAAUCAAAUAUGCUUACAUAGACUCAUGAUGGGGUUAUCUAGUGGUGCAAAAAGUCUGAUUUACUGCAAUUUGCCAAUCAAAAGAUGAUCAUGUGUGCAUAUCAAUAGAAGUUUGCCUAAUGAAAAUUUAAAUUGAAAUUGAAUUGUCAAUCACAAGGCAUGCAGCAUUACUGUCUAGGGCCCACCUUACAUUACCUUAUUUAUUAAACUGCUGCCCUUUAUUCAAAACAAUUAUAAGCAAUAAUGCAUAUAUUAUGUAUCGAAUUAUAAAAAAUGUUCUUAACUUUGCCAUUUAUUUUGUCGAAGUUUCCCAAUUUAAAAAAAUUCAUAAAAACCAAGAUGAGCAUUAAAUUUAUGAAGACUAGUUUCACAUAUUUUCAAAUGUUUGGUUAAAUUGCAUUGUAUUUUCUUAUUGUCUACUCAAAAUUGAUAUUAAAAUUUGUCUAAAGAUUAAGGAGGUGCAGCAAAAAUUUGUCUGACUGUGGAAAUUUCUAAAUGGAAUUAAGUUCCCGAUAAAUCUGUCAAUCACAAUUCAUAAUUCCUUUUACUUAAUGUAAAAUUUACAGUGACUUACUGUUAAAAAGUUUAAGAAACAGUUUAUUCAUUAUCUAUUAAAGUUUAUAUAUGUAAACUGUCAAAUCUUUACUUCUUGUGUAAAAUUGAUCAUUUUGUACAUCUUAUCUUCAUGCUAUUAUGAAUAUGGACGCCUCUCUAGAGUUAGUGAACUAUUACAAAAACAAUAAAAUUAGUGUUAUAAAAAGCUGUGGUCAAUUCUCAAGUUGGAUGGAACAUUUUAUGAAUGAGCAUUGUUAAGGUCUAUGCUCGGCAAAAAGAAAAUGAGAUUAGUUGAUCACAGUUAUUAACAUAAAAUUAAAAAUUACAUACUUUUAAGGGACCUUCAAUUCCAGUUAGCUAGUUCUAUUUAUUGUAGUGAAUAUUGCUGUUGGAUGGAUUAUCAUAUAGAUUUUUGUGAGACCAAAUAGUAAUUUUUUACAAUUUUACCUUUUUAAGGUAAAUGAUGUAUUUUUGUUUAUAUAAAAAUGGAAAAUAUCAAUAAAAAUGUUUUGCAUAUCACAAAACAAAAUACAAAAAUCAAAAUGAAUAAUCCAUUCAUACAAGUGAAUUAUUACAAUAUAUUUUGUUGAAUAUUAUAAUGAAAACUGCUGUGGAGUAUAGUAGAUUUUUGCUCGUACAAAUGUAAAAUACAGCAUUUGGAAAUAAGUGAAAAAAGAAAUUCUAAAUAAGGAGACAUGACCCUCAGUUCAUGCAAAGCCAAACUGUACUGUAGUUAAAACUCUUGAACUUGAUGUGAACAUUUUAGUAAUCGGAUUCAUACCCACUGAAAUUCAUUUCAAAAUGUGUAAAAUGAGAAAAACAUAACAUUUUUAUGUUAUUGAAAAUAAAAUGAACUUAAAAAUUAUGUCUUUUUUAUUUUGUUACUGAAGACAAGUAAUAGUAACACAACUACAUAAGUUUUGUUCAUGGUGCAGUGAACUGUUUAACAGCUAUCAAGUAUAGAACAACCUAAAAACAACAGAGCACUUGGCAACAUGAAACAUGUUUUAACUUUAAUGCCCAUAAUUAUUGUAACUAAAAUAUGACUUCCAUCAUUUUCGUUUGGUACCUACUUCACCUAAAAUAUACAGCAAUACCUUAUAAUAAUGAAAAAUGUCAACCGAAUCUGAUUGAGAAAAUUCCACUAGACAAAAUGGCAUCUACAUUUUGUAUAACAAAGAAGUAAAUAAACAUGAUAUGUUUAUAAAAUAAUGAUUAC